AAAAGUGAUUAUUUUUCGGGUUUCAAAUCGGAGCUCCGAAUAGAAUAACCAUUUCGUGUUCGGAACCCUACCAAAACCCUGAACCUUCUUUUUCACCUUAAACCAUUCUUCUUCUUCUUCUUCUUCUUCUUCUUCUUCAACCAACCUUAACUUCUUCAAUGGCGAAAACUUACGCCGCCGGUUUAUUAUCGGCCAUAACCGCCGCCGCCACCGCAACCGCUGCCACAUCUCGUUUACCACAAACAACUUUCUCCGAUGGCGCCAUUCCUUCAUCUUCAAAAACCGAAUCAUCUUCGAAAGUUCAAAAUGAUAAUCCAAGGACUACAUCUGCUGGAUUUGAUCCUGUACCUCUUGAAAAAGGUGGUGAAGCUCUUAAACAAAUUGCUGCUUCAUCAUACCCUAAACAGAUAUUUGAAAUUUUGAAGAAACAAGAGGAGACUAAACAAGCUGAAUUCAAAAAUAAGAUUGCUGAGUAUCAACAAAUGAAAGCACAAUUAGAGACUGAAAAACAAAAGAUUACAUACGAAGAAGAAAAAAAGCUGGCCCAGAGUCAGGCACAAAUAAAAUCCCAGAUGGCUAAAUAUGAGGAUGAGUUGGCAAGGAAGAGGAUGCAGGCAGAAAAUGAGUACCAUAGAAUAAGGAACCAAGAGCUUGUAAAAUUGCAAGAAGAAUCAGAAAUCAGACUGGAGCAAGCUCGACGUGCAACAGAAGAAAGAAUUCAAGCACAACGAAGGCAAACUGAAAAGGAGAAGGCUGAGAUUCAACGCGAAACAAUCAGAAUAAGUGAAAUGGCGGCAGCAGAAGCGAGAGCGCACGAAGCAAGGCAAUCCGAAGAGGUUAACAGACGAUUACUACUUGAGCGUGGUGAUGCAGAGCGAGAAAAAUGGAUUUCUAUUAUACAUGCUACCUUCGAACAUAUUGGAGGGGGAUUUAGAGCCAUUCUAACAGAUCAAAAUAAGUUGGUCGUAGCAGUUGGUGGAGUGACCGCUCUGGCAGCAGGGGUCUACACAACAAGGGAAGGUGCACGGGUUAUUUGGGGAUAUGUUGAUAGAAUAUUGGGACAACCAUCAUUGAUCCGAGAGUCCUCCAGAGGGAAAUACCCCUGGUCUGGCAUGUUUUCUCGAGCAAACAAUGGAAAGGGUUUUGGCGAUGUAAUUUUGCAUCCUUCUCUUAAUAAAAGAAUUGCGCAGCUGGCCUCUGCAACUGCAAACACAAAAGAAAAUCAGGCACCGUUCAGAAACGUGCUUUUUUAUGGUCCUCCAGGAACAGGAAAGACAAUGGUUGCCAGAGAAUUGGCUCAUAAAUCAGGAUUGGAUUACGCAUUGAUGACUGGAGGAGAUGUUGCCCCACUGGGAUCGCAGGCUGUAACAAAGAUACACCAGUUGUUUGAUUGGGCCAAGAAGUCCAAUAGGGGUUUACUACUUUUCAUUGAUGAAGCUGAUGCAUUUCUAUGCGAGAGAAACAAAACCUAUAUGAGUGAAGCACAAAGAAGUGCACUAAAUGCCCUUCUCUUCCGUACGGGUGAUCAAUCUAAAGACAUAGUCCUUGCCCUUGCAACCAACCGUCCUGGUGACCUUGAUUCAGCUGUGGCAGACCGUAUUGACGAGGUCCUAGAAUUUCCUUUGCCCGGAGAAGAGGAGCGAUUUAAACUUCUUAAGCUCUACCUAGACAAGUACAUAGCUCAAGCUGGAUCAAGAAAAUCUGGUUUUUCACUAUUCAAAGCAAACCCACAAAAGAUAGAGAUUAAAGGAGUGACCGAUGAUAUCAUAAAGGAAGCCGCAGCUAAAACCAAUGGAUUUUCCGGAAGGGAAAUAGCAAAACUGAUGGCAAGUGUCCAAGCUGCGGUGUAUGGAAGCGAUAAUUGUGUCCUUGAUGCAAGCUUGUUCCGUGAAGUGGUAGAUUAUAAAGUUGCCGAGCAUCAACAGAGAAUAAAAUUGGCAGCUUCUGACAAACCCAAUUAGUGCAUAGAGAGAGGGAUUCUGUCAUCAAUCUUCUAAUGUAGUGCUGAUCUAUUAUUUAUGAGCGUGCUUUUAUUCAUUAUUUGUUCCUAAUUGAUGGGAAGAUUUUAGAAUUAAAUCAUAGUGAAAUCUUAUUUAAGGCAUCAA